AUGAUCUCUAGAAGCAAUUUUGAUUUAGCUUUAUGUUGUGAAAUUGUGAAUACUGAUAUUGUUUUCUUUGAACAGAAAUUGAAUGAGGAAGCAAGUCAAGUGGCGAACGAUGCAGUAGGGAGUAUAAGAACAGUUGCUUCUUUCUGUUCUGAAGAGAAGGUGAUGGAAUUGUAUAAGCAAAAAUGCGAAGGACCGAUUAAGACAGGCAUAAGGCGAGGGAUAGUAAGCGAAUUUGGUUUCGGAGUAUCAUUCCUCGUGUUGUAUGCAGUUUAUGCAUGCAGUUUUUAUGCUGGAGCGCGUCUCAUUGAGGAUGGAAAAUCUUCAUUCUCAGAUGUUUUCCGUGUCUUUUUUGCUUUAAGCAUGGCAGCUAUAGAACUUUCUCAAUCCGGAUCGUUGGUACCUGAUUUAACUAAGGCAAAAAGUGCAGCUGCUUCUAUAUUUAUGUGA